AUGGAGAGAUCUCGAGAUGUAUUUGUCGAUCAAGACAUUGACUUUAGCACUCUUAUUCAGAAUGAACAACUUCUUCGCGGACUAGAACAUUCGGGUUAUGCACGACCCUCGCCUAUUCAACUUCAGGCUAUUCCUUUGGGGCGCCUCGGAGUAGACUUGGUGGCUCAAGCCAAGUCAGGCACAGGAAAGACAGUAGUGUUUGGUGUAAUUGCACUGGAGUCUAUCAAUCCUCUGAUACCACAACCCCAAGCUCUUAUCGUAGCCCCGACGCGCGAGAUCGCCAUCCAGAUUCGAGAUGUAUUGCGAAAUCUAGGAAAAUAUAUUGAAGGAUUCCAGUGUGAAGCCCUCAUCGGUGGACUUUCCACUCAAGGAGAUUACACAAAGCUAAAGAAUAGCCAAGUGCUUGUAGGAACACCAGGCAGGUUAAUGGCCUUGUUGGACUCUAAGCGACUCAACCCAAAGACAAUUAAACUCAUGGUACUUGACGAAGCUGACAAAUUGAUGAGCGAGGCAUUUCAACCCCAAAUCAACUUCAUAUUUCGUAAAUUGCCUGCUACAAAACAAUGUAUUGCAUUCUCUGCCACAUUUACAGACAACCUACUCGAAUCACUUGGAACUCUAAUGAAGUCUCCCCAAAAGGUGCGCUUAACCGAAACUGUGCCUACUUUGGAUGCUAUCCUUAGGUCGUAUGAGGCCAAAUUUGAGGCAGUGGGUGAUGUACUCAGCAAAAUCCCAUUUUACCAGGCCAUGAUUUUUGUUAACAGUGUUCCAAGGGCUAUUGAACUUUCUGGUUGGUUGACUGAAAUGGGGUGGAAGUCAGGACACAUUAGCAGUAGUUUAUCUCAAGAGCAGCGUAUUUCUGUCAUGGAAAAUAUGCGUGAUUUCAAAUUACGGGUUCUCGUGUGCAGCGACUUGAUUGCACGUGGAAUAGAUAUUGAUCGGGUCAACCUGGUGGUCAACAUUGAUUAUCCGUGGGAAAUAGAAACCUAUCUUCACCGUGUAGGAAGAACAGGACGUUUUGGUAAACAAUACAUGCUUAUAAACCCAAAACUCAUACGUUUUUAUCAAGCAAAAAAAAAAAGGUGUGUAUAUUAA